AGGUUAUCAUUAUAUUAGUGUUACCAGUUAGUCGUUUCAGUUUCGAAUUGAAAUCCGAAUAGAUGUAAAGUUAGUUGGCGACUGAAAACGAGUGUAUAACGAACAAAAUAAAUAUUGAUAUUACGAAAUUUUACAAUUCCUUUAUUGAUAUAUAUAUAUAUAUAUAUAUAUAUAUAUAUAUAUAUAUAUAUAUUUGUUAAAACAUGGAAAAAAGUCUUUGCACUUCAAGAGAGAUGGUCGUUGAUAAGUCUGUUCUGUCUAAAAAUAUUUAUACUUCGCGAAAAGGAAUAAAUCGUUCUAAAAAUAUUAAAAAAAGUGAUAAUGUUUUCCCUAAUGUCGGUGACGUUAGGAAUAUAUUUUUCUUUAGGAACAAACGUAUAUCAUCCUGCGUGGGAGACGAUGAUUUUAAUGACAAACUAUCGAAUGAAUUAAUAUUAUUAAUAUUUAAAUGGUUGCCUAAGAAGGAUCUGAUACAGUGUACGAUGGUUUGCAAGAGAUGGCGUGAAAUAACGUACAAUGAAAUAUUAUGGAACAAUUUAGAUUUAUGUCGGAAGACAUUAAGUGAAAUUACGUUGCAACAAAUAUUAUCGAAAGGUGUACGAAUUUUAAGGCUUGCACAAGCAAAGAUUAUAACAUCUGUGAUUAAAGAAGCGAAUAAUCAUUUUGAUAACGAUUAUACGUACAAAUUACAAUACUUAGAUAUUUCUAUGGCAAUGAUAUUACCGGAUAAUCUGGCAAAUUUAUUAUCCAAAUGUAAACAUUUAAAAAAAUUAUCUUUGGAAAGUUGUACUUUGAAUGCAGCAUGCUGUAAAGAAUUAAGUUAUUGCACUAAAUUAUCGGUAUUGAAUUUGGGCAUGUGCGAGGGAAUAGAUCUUAAGGGUGUCUUACAUAUACUUAAGCUCAGAAGCUUAAUCGAACUCAACGUGGCAUGGUGUUCAUUGGAUAAAGAACCUGUUACUAUUUUAUGUAAAAUGCUUCCACCUACUAUUGUUCGCUUCAAUAUUUCCGGAUCUAAAGAAAUUAUAGAUCACAAUGUCGAAGAAUUGGUAAAAUCCUGUCCAGAUAUGAUAGAAUUAGAUUUAAGCGAUUGUACGGUACUUACCGACAAAGCAAUUUCAAAUAUUCUGAAUUUGACGAAAUUAGAACAUUUGUCGUUAAGUCGUUGUUAUAACAUAUCUGCAUUAUCGUAUUUAGAAUUGGAACAUAUGCCGCGUAUAGAGUAUUUGGAUAUAUUUAAUAUGUUACCAAAGUCAUUGCCGAAGAAAUUAAAAAUUAAUAACUUUCUAUUUAGUUCUAUAGCAAGGCCCACUAUAGGAAAUCAAAGUGGGACUAUUUGGGGUCUUCAAGUUAGAAAUUAGUUUUAAUUAAAUGAAAAUUGUUGAAAACUGUUGAAAAUUUUUGAAAGUGAAAUGUUUUUAAACCAAAAAGGACAAUAAAGUUGAAUACAUACACGCAUAUAUAAAUAAUUAUUAAUAAUGUAAUAUAUAUAUAUAUAAAUGGAUAAAUGUUAAAAACUCAUAAUUGGCGAAUCCAUGUAAUCUCAAUAAAUCGUAUUUAUCUAAGAAAACUCUUGAGAACAAAUGUUCGCAUCGAAUAGUGUCGCACGUAAAUGCGUUUCAUACGAAUGUACGAUUUCAUACGAUAUGGAUGCGUCGAAUCACACGUAAGUAGUUCGACAUUAGCAGCUUUUCUCUGAUUUCUUCAAGAAGAAGUAAUUUCUCUCUUUCUUCACGGUUUUCCCUUCGUACGACAUCUUAGAUGCCGCAGAUGUUGAAUUAACGCGUAGAUGAUGAAAAAGGCGAAUCGUUAAAGGAAAAAAAGAAAAACCAAGAAAACAACAAAUAAAAAAAAUAUAUAAAUAAAUAAAUAAAUGGAGGACGAUAAAAAUUUAUAAAAAAAUAUAUUUUUCUCUUAUUAUCACGUGAUCUCCCGAAGAGAUACGGAUUUGAA